CCGCCGUCGCCGCGACUGCCGCGGAGCGGAGCGGAGCGCAGCGGGCGGGAGGGAGCGGAGCCGCUAUUUAGCAGCGCGCAGGGCACCCGCCGCCUCAGUAGGCGCGCGCGCUCGCUCGCGAGAGGAACCCCCGGUGCUCGACGGCUACCCCGCCGAGGACGACGCCUAGCGCACGAUGAGGACUGCCGGAGCCGGAGGAGGACGCCCGCCGCCGCCCCCGCCGCUGCUCGCUGCGGGACUGCUGCUCUUGCUGGGCAACACGGCGCGCGGCGGCAGUCGCGUUUUGAUCGCCCUAUCUAAGCCCCGUUCUAUUUAUGGGCGGGGCGUGGGCGGCUCUGGCGCGAAUAGACGCGCGCCUGCAGGCGGCGCCACCAGCGCCGAGGGGAGUCAGGCGCCGCGCGCCGCCGACUGGUGGACCGGCAAGCGUCGCGGAGAAGACGGGGCGGGCGGGAAGGAGCGGGGCGCGGAGGGCGGGCAGGGGCCGGGGACGGACGCAGACGGCGAGGCGAGGCGAGAGGGCGGGCGAGCCCGCAGCCUCCGUGAGACGGGGAGCGGCGUCGCGGCCCUCCCCUUGCCCUCCGAAGGCGUAUCAACUCCAGAUGACAGCUCACGCUGCCGCGAUGUGGGGAGGCGCCGCUUCCUCCGUUCUGAAACACUUGCAAACCUUUCGGAAUGA